AUGCCUCGCGGCCGCAGAUCCGGCCGCGUCAAGGGCCCUAGAGUGUAUAAUGCGGAUCCCUUUGUAUCAGCUGGGAUCAGUGAUGAAUCAGGCUCUGAGGUCGCCCAAACUGGUCCCCCCAAGAAGGUGAAGAGUCUGAAACGAGAGGCUUCCAUCUCCGACGAAGAAUUUGUUGCAGGCUCAGAUCCGGACGUCGCCCACACAGAAGAUGAUGAGGGCUCUGCGGACGAGAAUGAGCAAAUUGAGGUUGGGUUCGGAGCUGACGACGAUGUCAUGGAUGUGGAUGAAGAUGAGAUUGUGCCCAAGAAGAAAAGACCAGCGCCUUCCAACCCGCCGAAAGAAAAGAUGCAAACAGGCUAUGGCGCUAUUUCCUUAUCACCAACUGACACGCAUUUUCGGGGUAUCUUGGAUUCCCGAGAUCACGUUUCAAAAUUCAUGUCUUACACCUUGACUUACGGUUCUGAUGACCGAGACCUAGGCCUCACAGUCCACAUGCGAGGCCGGUGGCGUUGGGGUCGAGACUCCACGUUUCCAACUCGCGUCUCCUUGGACACAGUUGAGGGGGAGUCCGAUUCGCCAUACGGCCCAACUUUGGGGGUCUCCCCAGAGGAUAUGGAGAAGGAACGAACAGUUGGCUGGAGUUGGUAUUACGAUCAAGAAAUUGGCCAAAGGUUCCGACAAAGACAGCAACUCGACACGAAAAUCAAAAAGGAUGAGGUGCAUCGACGUUAUUUACCGCGGGCAAAAUCCAAGAAACACACGGUUCUCAUGGGACCAUCAGAUAAUCAACGAGCAUUUCACCUCGAAUAUCAUGCCUCUGUUGAUUUCGGCUCGGUCUGGGAUGCUAGAGAGUCCCAAAAAAGCGAUGGACCAGCGAAGACGCGCGAGGGCUGGCUCAUCAACAUUGGGGGAAAAAUUCAAUGCAUGGCAUGGGCUCCUAACCAAGAUGGCGCAUCUCAGUAUCUCGCUGUGGCUGCACUAGUCACCGAUGAACAAAAGAAAAGUUACAAGCCUCCUGAAAGUGAUCGGGUCUCCUCGUUUCUGCCAUCACCGCCAUACCCUGGAACUAUUCAACUAUGGGAAUUCAAGUCCAAAGAAGCUGGUGCUCAGAGCCAUACUAUUGAUAUGACUUUUGGACCACAACCCAAGCUAACGUUGUGUUCCGAUUGGGGGGAUUUGCGACGUAUGGCUUGGUGUCCUAUGGGACGACAAAGGCGGGGCGACGUCGACAAAGGUUUGAUAGACAUCGGUCUCCUAGCUGGAGUCUGGGGGGAUGGUAAGGUGCGGGUGCUAGAUGUAAAGCUACAACAAGGCUCCAACACACUGAAAUACGCCAAGAUCGAUUCGCCAGCAUUCGAAGCGAUGCCAUCCUCGACCAUCUGUACGUGUGUGACCUGGCUCUCACCCAGCGACAUUGCGGUGGGCUGUGGAAAUGGCUUUGUGGCCAUCUACAGCAUUCUCCCUUCCUCCACCCCGGAACCUCAGCCCUACUUCUAUCACCCAGUUCACGGAACCUACGUAUUGAACAUCACAUCCAUUUAUCCGACACAUCCACAACUUCUUUCAACAAUAUCAGUCGAUGGCGAGACUCGGCUAUGGUCUAUUGUUGACCCUCAAAGCGAGAGCACUGGUACGGUUCGAGUGCGAUUGGCUUCAUCUCAUCUUAGCUUCUCCCCAGUCCUUCAGUCGGUCUGCUCCAGUGACGAGAAUGAAUAUGGUCGAAUAAUGCCGAUACGGCGAUUUUUUGCCACAGCCAACGCUGUGAAGAUCUUCAGCACCGUCUCUGCUCUCGCUCCAUGCAGUUGGUGGCAUCCCAGCCUCCUCUACGGCGGAACAGGAGGAGAGGUAUUAGCGACAAAUCCUCUCCGAAAGGUAUUGCAUGCAAAAGAAACACAGUGGCAACAAAUAUGGUUUACCCACGACUGGGCCUCAGGGUCAGGCGCCGACGACCCAGGCGCCAGCCGUUUCCACGAGGGGUUCAGUGCGGAGACCCAGAGCACGACGCGCAAUGGUGAGCCCCGGCCAAUGGGCUUGAGUCUCACUACGAUUUACGAAGAAGGAACACACGUCACAGCGCUGGGAUGGAAUCCCAACCGCCUUUGUGCCGCCUGGGCCAGCGCCGCGCUUGGUUGUGGCCUAUUGCGGGUUGAAGAUCUUGCCAUCUAG